AUGGGUAAUGACCAGGAAGAUAAGGUGAUUUAUGAAUUAUUAUUUGAGAAUAUUCAAAGACCUUCUCCCAACGAUCUUGUGGAACAACUUCCCGAACGUUCCAAAUCAGCGAUAAGACAUCGAAUUGAUAAUCUUUAUACGAAAUUGCGUAAAUUUCCAGAUUUAGAGGAAGAAGUCGAUUAA